CUUUUCCUUUCUUUCCUUUUCCACCAGUUGUCCUGGCCCUGGGCAACUUUCGAUUUUGUUAACUGUAUGGCUAUACUGUUUUGUUAUUGUACAAUUAUUGUAUUAUUUUAUUUGUCUUCUCCAGAUCAAGGGGCUCGGUGUUGGCGCCAUCUGCGGGUCUGCACGGGGGUCCUGCGGCCAGGAAGAGGGUAUUCACAGACAACACACAGAUACGCACAUACACACAUGCGCACACACACUAACACUUCACGAAAAACAUUACACAAGAACCGUAUAUGUGAUGUCUACUGCGACUUGACCUGUCCAGCCUCCACUGGCGUUCAGACUGUCCAAUCAUACCGGAGCCUGGUGAAACAAAUUCAGAAGCGAUACGUCGCUUGGAUGAAUACCCAUCAGUGUACAGAAAGCUUCAAUGAGGUAUACUGAAUUUUAUGUGGGAAAGAUAUUCUUGACAGUACCAGUGAUUAUAAAGUCGAAUAUUUUGACGUAUUGUUUAUUGAAGUCGCGAGUUGUCCCCAUCGAACGUGGUUGUCAGCAAAGAGCGGGGACUGAAGCCGACGUCUUCGAGCCAUAAAAACCACACAGUGAUACACCAAGAGCUCUUAUCUACCUCCACAUUGCCUGACACACAUGGUUCACCAGUGUGUUUUGAAUCUCUUUGCAGGGUACUCUGCCUUGACAUAGAUGCCCAAGUUUGCACCGCAGUUAUUCAUGACAUCGAGAGAGUGACAGAAAUCUGUCAAAAGAACAGCAGGAAGUCGUUCUUUUCAAUCAAAUAAACGCAAAAAACACAACGCCUCGAGAAAGUUGGACACUGCCAACUUCCAGAGUUAGGAGUCACGCGAUACAGUGUCGUAGCUGACCAAUUGACCAAUACCCUUUCACCUCCUGUCGGCCGCCCACCGAGGCUGCUCCCCGCCGACAAACUGGACACCCUCGCCCUACACGCCGGUCUAGCACUGGACUUCGGACACACCGCCGUCAUGGAGCACCAGACAUACGGCGAGGUGAACCAGCUGGGCGGUGUGUUCGUCAACGGGCGACCACUCCCCAACGCCAUCCGCCUACGUAUUGUGGAGCUGGCGCAGCUGGGGGUUCGGCCGUGUGACAUCUCCAGGCAGCUCCGCGUCUCUCACGGCUGUGUCUCCAAGAUUCUAGCACGCUACAACGAGACAGGCUCCAUCCUACCAGGGGCUAUCGGGGGCUCCAAACCCCGCGUCACCACACCCAACGUGGUGAAACACAUCAAGGUGUACAAGGAACGUGACCCGGGAAUCUUCGCCUGGGAGAUCAGGGAUAAGCUUCUGGCGGACGGCGUGUGUGACAAAUACAACGUGCCCUCUGUCAGCUCCAUCAGUAGGAUUCUUCGCAAUAAGAUAGGGCCCGGCUCUAGUGGUGCGAUGCCUGGCGGUGGAGCGGGGGGAGGGGGAGGAGGGGGAGGGGGAGGAGCCAGCCCGGUGCAGGGAUCACAGUUCGAGAAGACGUCGCCGCCCCCAGGCCACCACCCACACCACGCCCACCACCCCAGCGGCCAUCCAGGCCAGAACCACCCUGGCAGCCUGUACAACCCUCAGUUCUACCCAUAUUCCUGCGCCACGGGACCGGGUAUGGGCGCCCCCUCCGCCAUGCCCCCGCCCCAGAUGAUGCCUGCAGGCCACCCGCCACACGCCCAGGGUUCGGGGGGCGUCCCGCCGGGCAUGAGCCCCCUGCAGGUUCCAGGCGUACACCACCACCACAAGGCGUCACCGCCAGGCUGCCCCUCACCAUGUAUGAUGCGAGCCUGGCCGUCCUCCCAUUCCGUCCACGACAUCCUGGGCUUCCCCCGCGCUCCGCACGCCAUGAGCGGUCAGCACAUGCCCAUCUCACCGGACGCUAUGCCUAACGCCAUCUCCUCACAGCCCUACAACAUGGGCAACUAUUACAUGAAAACACCCAUGUCGCCGAUGUACCUACAGAGCUGAUGCCACGCCGAGGCACAGCCUAAACAAGCUCGAAAUAUAUUUUUCCAACGAUUCUAGGUCAUGUCAGGCCGAAAAAUCUCAGACUUUACCACGAAAUUUCACUGCGCCAGCUUAAAAGUGCUCAAAAUCUACACUGAUGUAGAACUAUUCUUAAAACAAUUGACUUGUUAUAAAAGUCAUGAACCAACAUUUCUCUAUCCCAUCAGCGCUCGGUUCCUCCAACAAGAGACCCCGUAUAUUUCAGACUUCAGCAGCCACUUUAUCUGGGACAGCCUCGUUCAUGACACUGAACGGCACUUAAAGUUUUUCUACAACAGAAACCGUAGUGACCUUUUUUGUGACGCCAGGUUUCCCUAUGACUUUGGUCUGAAACGUCCAACCCUGGAGUGACAAAAUUGCCAACACUUCGGUGGUCAGGCGUGGUGAAUUUUUGGGGAUUGAUGUUUACAUGUUGACUCUGAACAUUCUAUUUGUGUAAUUGAAUAUUGUAUCAAUCUUUGCCCUUUGUGGGGUUUUUUAAUUUACUAUUUACGUCUGCUGUUCAGUCUUAUUAUAUCACUAAUUAUUAUCAUCAUCAUUUCAGUUCAUCUUCGCCAGUUUCAACCCAAAAUCCCAUCCCAUGCCUCUUUCUCCUCCUCCACCCUUUUCUUUACCUCCUCUUUCACUUCUUAUUUUCUAAUCUCUUCUCCUUUUUCUUUGCCUUCUUCUCUUUCUUCCAUCUAGACCUCAUUAUCAGAAUCGACAUUGCUGUUGUCUUCACUACAAUCGUCAUUUUUCCUCUUUCCGUUUUCAUUUAACUUUUCACUCUUCAUCAGCAUUGUUAUUUCAUGUCCACCUCAUAUUUAAAACGUUUAUGCAAAAAUGUUUUCCUUAAGACCCCCUUAUGAAAUUGUAAACAUAAUCUCUUUUGACAGUUGGCCUUUACAAAGGUCAAGAUCUUCCACAAGUCAACACUUGCAGACUAAGCGAUGUAAGCCUAUGUUCAUUAUGUAUCCUCAUUUUCCAAUGUAUUACUAUGGAACUAUGUCUUGAAUCAUGAAAAAUAAACAUUGAAAUGUUCGUAAAGAG